GUCUGGAGCCUGGAUGUGGCUGCUGUCAAGGGUUUCUACUAAUAAAACUCCCUGAACUCCUCCAUCCUCGCUGACACUUGUUGCUGCUGCUGCUGCUGCUGCUGCUGCCUGCGCUCCGCCGCUGGGAGAGGCCACCUGAACCGCUUCAGCAUUUCCUUUGGGAUUUCCCGCGGGGAGUGAUGAACUCCAUCGACCCUCAGUCCCAUCACCAGCACCACCAGCACCACCACCACCACCAGCACACCUCCCCUACCGUCGGCUCUCUCCCACCUAAAGGCGCCCAGGAGGCCCCGGACAUGGCCGCCGUCUACUGCGACAACUUCAGCAGCAUGUAUCACCAGCAGAGUCUCCAGGGCGCGCAGAGACCCGCCAGCUACGGCCUCGGGGAUUACGCAUCGUCUCCAAACCCGUACCUGUGGCUCAACGGGCCGGGCGUCAACUCCUCCGCCUCUUACCUGCACGGCAACAACCCGGCGUCGUUCAUCCCGCCCUCCUACGGCUCGCAGCGGCAGUUCUUAACCAACUCACCUGGAUUCGGGGGCCCCGACCUGGGCUGGCUGUCCAUCGCCAGCCAGGAGGAGCUGCUGAAGCUGGUGCGUCCGCCGUACUCGUACUCCGCGCUCAUCGCCAUGGCCAUCCAGAAUGCGCACGAGAAGAAGCUGACCCUGAGUCAGAUCUACCAGUACGUGGCCGACAACUUCCCGUUUUAUAAGAAGAGCAAAGCCGGCUGGCAAAACUCGAUCCGGCACAACCUGUCUCUGAACGACUGCUUCAAGAAAGUGCCGCGGGACGAGGACGAUCCAGGAAAAGGAAACUACUGGACGUUGGACCCAAACUGUGAAAAGAUGUUUGACAACGGAAAUUUCCGCAGGAAAAGGAAAAGACGCUCAGAUCCGAGCGGCGCAGGAGGAGCAUCAUCAUCAGCAGCAGCUGGGGCCACUAAGGUGGACGACGGCAGGCCGGCGGGGGCCGCCCCGAUGAAGCCCUCGGACAGCCCCCAGCUCCUGGGACCUUCCUCCCCGGAGAUGGAAGCGAUGAGCGAAAACCACAAGAGCUCGACGUCGUCGUCGCCGCCCGGACUGGCCUCGGCCACCCCUUGUUUCAAUAACUUCUACAGCAACAUGUCCACGCUGAGCUCGGGGGCGCCCAGCCGCCAGGGCUCGCUCGGGCUGGUGAACGAACUGUCGAACAGGAACAUAACGGCCCUGAGCCCGUACCACCCCACCCACGGCGGUCAGCAGGACACGGGGGCGUCGGAGCACAGCGACGGUUUGCAUUUCAACCGCGGAGUGUACUACAACACGUUUGGCAGUGGCCAGAGUGGACAGUUCAACAGCCACUUCUACAACAGCUUCAGCGUCAACAGCCUGAUUUACCCCCGGGAAGGGACUGAGCUAUAGGAGCCGCUUCACCACAAGACACUGUUUUGGACGCUCUGUGAAUCACACCCACACACACACAGACACACAUGCGUACGAGGUCAGACUGCUGCACAGGCCCGGACUAUUGCAUCCGAACCCUUCCUUCCCCGACCAGCAGCAUGCCAGAGGGAACUCACAGCGUCUUCGGUAACUUAACUUGACAAGCGUUCAAACUGUGGAUACAUUUCAGCCUUAAAGUCUAAAGAAAACAUGAGCACUUAUCUCUUAACAUGAAAGCUACGGCUCUCAGUGGGACGGAGACACCCGCUGAAGACUAAAAUGUCCCUGUGAAUUAAUCAAAAGCAGUCCAUCAUGUCCAAGAUCUGAAACGUGCGUUACACAUAUAUAUAUAUAUAUAUCUAUAUAUACAUAUAGAUAUAUAUGUUUUUUUUUUGCUUAUUUUGCCAAAUCUAGCUUGUAUUUCUGUGGAGUGGCCAAUUUUUAUUUUGAAAAUUCCCUAAUCAUCACUGCCAAAGUUGCCUUUGUGAGACCGCCGUUACCUCAGAACAACAGUCGCUCCAGAUGAAAGUGCCCUGUCAUGAAGGGUUUACCUGCGCUUCUAGACACAUGCAGUAAUGACUGAUCGAGCAAACAGGGCUUCUCUCUUUAAUCGUCCUCCACGUUGACUGAAACCACAGCGCUAAGGCUCAUGUAAAUACCAGUGGACUUGAUAAAUGUGUAUUUUUGUAAAUUAUAAAGAUAGUUUGUGACUAUUUAUGCUAUUUAUGCUAAUAGGCUCUUCUUCUUCUUCUUCCUCUUUUUUUUUGUUUUUCUACAAUUAGUUUGAUUAAAGCAGGAGUGAAUAUUAGCUCACGACAUGCACCGAAAACAGUAUCACAAAAAAAAACUCAGAUGUCAUAAAUAUAAAUAUAAAUAUAUAUAUAAAUAUAUUAAAAAGCUAUAUCCUAUCUCAUGGUUUCUCUCAGGAUUCAGUGUGACAAUCAUUGAAUGGCUUUUGUAUCUACUAUUGUCUUUUUUUUUUUUUUUUAAAUCUUUAUACAGUGCAUACGGCUAACAGACAGUUUCAACUGUGAUCUUAAAUAAAUAUCAUUUGGUCUCUA